AGAGCCCGCGUUCUUAACGAGUACACGGUCCCUCCUCAGUCGGAGGCCCCUCCCCAUCUCCAAAGCAGUCCUGGGUCCUGAUCCCGCCACCCAGGAGACUCAGGAGAGGUGGACAGCCUCUGCGCCUCACCGCCCUGGGACAGGACCAGCAUGUCGCAGGCCACCAAGAGGAAGCACGUGGUGAAGGAGGUGCUGGGGGAGCAUAUGGUGCCCUCUGACCAGCAGCAGAUCGUGAGGGUACUCAGGACCCCAGGGAACAAUCUGCACGAAGUGGAGACCGCCCAGGGGCAGCGCUUCCUGGUAAGCAUGCCCUCCAAAUACCGCAAGAACAUCUGGAUCAAGAGAGGGGACUUUCUCAUCGUGGACCCCAUUGAAGAGGGGGAAAAGGUGAAGGCCGAGAUCUCCUUUGUGCUCUGCAAAGACCAUGUGCGCUCUCUGAAGAAGGAUGGGCUCUGGCCUGAGGCCUUUGAGGUGGCUGAGAAACACAACAGCAGUAGGAACAGACCAACUCAGCCAGAACUCCCAGCGGAGCCCCAGUCAUCGGGAGAAGAGUCCAGCUCGGAAGAUGACUCUGACCUCUUUGUUAACACCAAUCGCAGACAGUAUCACGAGAGCGAGGAGGAGAGUGAGGAGGAGGAGACAGCCUGAGGCUCCAGGACCCGCUUCUCCUCUUGCUCAGAGACAAGUCCGUGGCUCCUCUGACCUCGGACAAUUCCGGGUGCUCUACAGAUCCUCCCCCCAGUGGGGACAAGGCAGGACUCCUCUCUGAACCGACCUGCUGACUCAGGAGAAUUAAACCCCUGGUGGGUGGUGACUUGUGCCAGUGUCCGAGUGGCUCUCUGGAGGGAGAGGGAGCUGUGAAUCAGUUAAAAAUUGCUCCUUGGUAGAGGUCUCAUGGGCAGGAACUAGGGAAUGGCUGGACAUUUUGAAUGAUUUGAAAUUAAGGAGGAAACUAAGGUUUCCUAGGUUCAUGUUCGUUCUCUCUCUUUCUCUUCCCCCCUCCCUUCCUCCCCCACUCUCUCAUUGGGCACUUAGUAAGCAGCAGGCCCUGUGCUGUUCCUCCUUGCAUGUACUUUAUAAGUGGGAACAGUGCCACUUUACUGCCUGCUCUCAACCAGUACUGAUUCAGGCUGUCAGGAUCACAGCCAUAGGACCUAGUCCCCGUUGCCUCUAAGAAACACUCAGGAUGAAUUUCAUAGUACCUCGUAAGCUGACUUCCCUGCAGUUCUAGUCACUGUGACUGCAGGAGUGCCCACCUCCACGCUGCUGUGUGCAUCCCUGGUUGCUGGACCCUCCUAGCAACUUAGACCAUCACUCCUCAGCCCUCCUGUAAAACAUAUCCCACUUACCUCUCUGUUUUUUUUAACCUCUGGCUAUAUGUUACUCCUCCUCAUUGCUGACAUUGACCUUGUAGUCUCUGCAGACCAGAAAGUUAAUCUCCUGGCUUAGAGCUUUGCUUAGUCAUUUUCUACAUCCCAUGGUGGGCCUGUUCAGCACUGUGGCUCUUUAGUUCCUUGAUAAUCCCCAUCACUAAUUCGGGUCUUCUAUUCCUGGCCUGCUGCCUACAUCUCUACCCCCUGUGCCCCUGAUCAGUAGGAAUUGUAACAACUUUAGAAGUCAAAUACCUGUAUAAUCACCGCCUUCUGGCUUUCUUGUUUACUUGCUCAACUACCCCCUCUGCAAAAAUUCUUUAUCCUCCAGCCCCACCACAUUCUCACCAUUUCUCCCUUCGCUUUUCCUCCUUCUGCAACUUGGAUUCCAUGGCCCACACCCUCCACCUCUUGUCUUCCUUCCACUGUAUUCAGCUACUAAACCCUAACCCCAGCCAACCCAGUCACUCACCUCUGUGCCUGUAACUAUUUGAGAAAACCACCAACUGGGCUCACUUGCUUUACUUUAAGUUUAUCAUUGUAAACCGCA